UGUCUCUGCAGGUCCGUCACGGAUGCACAUGCAGCGAAGCCCGUCAGCCUCUGCAUCCUCACUUUUCACCCUGGAGGGCACGAGACCCCAGAGACAGCUCUUCAUCAUGAGGUCCUUCCUCCUAAUUCUCUUCUUCCUGCUGCUGGUGUCCCACGGAUCUUCUGCCGUCAUCACAGGGGCCUGUGAGAAGGACACCCAGUGUGGAGGAGGGAUGUGCUGUGCAGUGAGUUUGUGGAUCCGCAGCCUUCGCAUGUGUACGCCCAUGGGACAGGAAGGAGACGACUGUCAUCCUCUGAGCCACAGGGUUCCUUACCUCGGGAAAAGACUCCACCAUACCUGCCCCUGUCUUCCCAACCUGUCUUGUAUCACCAUAGUGGAGGGCAAAUCCAAAUGUCUCUCGUCGUACAAGUAUCCAGACUACUACCUCUGAGGUCCAACACUAUAUCUGCUGCCUGCGCUCUGUUUUCUCCAAACCAAACAAAUAAA